AUGAGCGCUCUCAUUCAGAUGCGUAAUUCGGCUGGACACUUUAUACAAACUCGUGCACUUCUCGAUACAUGUGCUACAGCCAACUUUAUUACCGACGAACUAGCAAAUAAAUUAAAACUUCCGAUGCAAACAUGUUCAAUUCCUAUCGGAGCCGUUAACGACUUAAGUCCAAACGAAGUUUUCCCACGAGAAUCUAUUCAAAUACCGAAAACAUUAAAAUUAGCCGACCCUCAAUUUCAUCUACCAAAACCAGUUGACGUACUUAUUGGCUCAGGCACGACUUUAUCACUUUUAUCGAUAGGACAGAUUAACUUGUCACGCAACGACUGCGACUUAAUAUUACAAAAAAUUCAACUUGGUUGGGUUGUUGCGGGGGGAGUCAAUGAUGAAAAUCAUAAUCAAUCUGUAGCUUGUCAAUUAACAGAUCUAUCAAAUCAAUUAACGCGUUUUUGGAUCAUUGAAGAUGCCGGGUCUCAAAAUUCAAAAUCGUUCGAAGAGUCUUCAUGCGAAGCUCAUUAUCAACUUCACACGACACGCGAGACAAGUGGGCGCUAUGUAGUACGACUACCCUUUCGCGUAGAUAAGGUCGAUUUUGGAGAUUCAAAAACUCAGGCUUAUAGACGUUUUUUAUCUUUACAGAAGAGAUUAAAUGCAGAUCCUCACCUUAAAACAGAAUACUUUAAGGUAAUGCAGGAAUAUAUAAAUUUGGGACACAUGGUACCGGUAUCAGAUGAACAAAUAUCCGGUUAUUACAUGCCACAUCACCCAGUGAUCAAGGCUUCAAGCAACACUACUAAAGUGCGUGUUGUUUUUGAUGCUUCUGCCAAAUCUGACAAAGGUAUCUCUUUAAACGGCGCUCUAUUAACAGGGCCCACUAUCCAAGACAAACUUUUUACUCAUCUACUCCGUUUCCGAACGCACACAUACGUCAUGACCGCCGAUAUCGCGCAAAUGUAUCGACAAAUUCUUAUCCACCCGGAUGAUCGUCGUUAUCAGCGAAUACUCUGGUAUGCUGAUGACAAGAUUGCAACAUUCGAGAUCAAUAGAGUCACUUUCGGAGUUUCGUCCGCUCCUUACUUAGCUAUACGUACAUUAAAACAACUUGCAGAUGAUGAAAGGAGUAAUUUUCCAAACGCUGCUAAAAUUUUAACACGGGACUUAUACGUAGAUGAUCUUUUAUCCGGGGCCAAUACUCUAUCCGAAGUUUUACAAUUACGAGAUGAAAUUAUUUUAUUGUUAAGACGCGGGGGUUUUGACAUACGUCAAUGGGCAUCGAACCAUCGACACGCUCUUGAUAACUUUGAUGAAAGAACUUUAGAUUUAGAUUGUGCUAUCGAGGACAAUCCAAUUUCAAAAACUCUCGGAAUUGUUUGGAAUUCGGACUUUUCUAUCGAACGUCAUAUUUCUGUUCCCGAUGCAGCGAACAUACAAUUACACGGAUUUUGUGACGCGAGUAAAGUCGGUUACGGAGCAUGUUUAUACAUACGAUCGACUGAUCAACAAGGACGAGUAUUGAUACGAUUAGCAUGCGCGAAAUCGAGAGUUUCUCCUCUUAAAGAAGUAACGAUCCCAAGAUUAGAAUUAUGCGCCGCACAAUUACUUUCACGUCUUUACAACGAAUCGGUGUCGGCAUUCGAUUUUCCAAUUUCUCAAAUUAUAUUUUGGACGGAUUCAACCAUCGUCCUUCAAUGGUUGAAGCGGUCACCACAAUCUCUCAAGGUCUUUGAGGCUAAUCGAGUCAUGGAAAUCCAAUCAUUAGGUGAUAAAGUCGAAUGGCGGCAUGUUCGUACUAAAGACAAUCCGGCUGACGCUUUAUCCAGGGGACAACUUCCUGCGGAAUUUUUAACUAACAAAUUAUGGUUUAAGGGUCCUCAUUGGCUCAAACUUGACCACAAGGAAUGGCCUAUCUCCAUUUCGACAAUUCCAUCUGAAUUACCCGGUCUUAGAAAAAACACUUGCCUAUUUGCCACCUGCACAGACAUGUUUCAACGUUUCUCUUCUUACACAACUCUUAUACAUUCAAUCGCAUACUGUUUGCGCAUGCGUAAAUCUAACAAGUUUAAGGGCAAGGGCUUAGAGGUUACAGAAAAAUUACAAGCAGAAACGAAAAUACUGCUUUUGAUUCAAAACGAACAAUACAGUUAUGAAAUUGAACAAAUAAGGGAGACAGGGGAAACAAAAAACCUCCGGUUAAGGGGUCUUAAUCCUUUCAUAGACCAGCAUGGUCUUCUUCGAGGAUUGGUGGACGUCUAA